GCAUCAUAUUUCGGGCCAGUGAAGGUAUAUAAGCUUGCGGGAGAGGCUGAGGGGUUUCACUGCAGUGACUGAGCAGAUUCAUCUGGGCGAAUCCACUCUCUACCUUUGGAGACAAACCUAAAUCAAAAAUGGCAUUCGCCGGAAUUCUGAAUGACGCUGACAUCACUGCAGCCCUUGCGGCUUGCCAAGCUGCCGACUCUUUCAAGCACAAGGAUUUCUUUGCCAAGGUCGGUCUUAGUGGCAAGAGCGCUGAUGACAUCAAGAAGGCCUUUGCCGUGAUUGACCAGGACAAGAGUGGCUUCAUUGAGGAGGAUGAGCUGAAGCUGUUCCUGCAGAACUUCUCUUCCUCUGCCAGAGCUCUGACCGAUGCUGAGACCAAGGCUUUCCUCAAGGCCGGUGACACUGAUGGUGACGGCAUGAUCGGAUGCGAUGAGUUUGCCGCCCUGGUCAAGGCAUAAAUGAAGCAACAGACCAACAUCUUACUUCACUACUCUAAAGGAACAACUUGAGCCAAGACUCCUCUCUUCUUCUCCUCUUCCCUUUCACUCUCUCUCUUCAACUCUACAUGGCUUUUAUACACUUGACCUUUUACC